GAUUGAGAUACCCCCUGUCGCCGUAUAGACGACUCUCGUUUCCAUCUUCAAAAGUUUACGUUUUAUCACACAUCACUAAGACCACACAUCAUGUCUGUCGUCGGUCUCGACUUCGGUACUCAAAAUGCCGUGAUUGCUGUCGCCAGAAACCGCGGUGUCGAUGUUAUCACAAACGAAGUUUCCAACCGCGCAACACCCGCGCUGGUCGGUUUCGGUCCCAAGUCUCGCUACCUCGGUGAGACCGCAAAGACACAGGAAGUGUCCAACCUCAAGAACACCGUCGGAUCCCUUACCCGUCUCGCUGGCCGAUCGCUGAAGGACCCCGAUGUCGCCAUUGAGCAAGAACACGUCUCGUGCAAGCUGGUCGACGUUGAUGGCCAGGUCGGUGCCGAGGUUUCAUACCAGGGCAAGAAGGAGCAGUUCACUGCCACCCAGUUGACCGCCAUGUUCCUCACAAGGGCCAAGCAGACCGCUUCCGCCGAGCUCAAGCUUCCCGUCAACGACAUGGUUAUCGCCGUCCCUGCCUGGUACACCGAUGCUCAAAGAAGAGCCAUCAUCGAUGCUGCCGAGAUUUCUGGCCUCAAGAUUCUGCGUUUGAUCAACGAGACCACCGCCACUGCCCUCGGCUGGGGUAUCACCAAGACCGACCUUCCCGGUCCUGAGGAGAAGCCCAAGAGAGUCGCCUUUGUCGACAUUGGCCACAGCAACUACACCUGCUCCAUUGUCGAGUUCCGCAAGGGAGAGCUUAAGGUCAUCUCCACUGCCUACGACCGUCACUUCGGUGGCCGUAACUUCGACAAGGCCAUUGUUGACCACUUCGCUGCUGAGUUCAAGGAGAAGUUCAAGGUUGAUAUCAACGAGAACCCCAAGGCCAAGCUCCGUGUUGUUGCCGCUUGCGAGAAGCUGAAGAAGGUUCUGUCCGCCAACGCCGGUGCCCCCAUCAACAUUGAGUCGUUGAUGAACGAUGUCGAUGUCCGUGGCUUCCUCAAGAGAGAGGAGCUUGAGGAGAUCAUGAAGCCUCUUCUCGAGCGCUGCACUGCUCCUCUUGAGCAGGCUCUCGCUGAGGCCAAGUUGAAGACUGAGGACAUUGACACCAUCGAGCUUGUCGGUGGUUGCACCCGUGUCCCUGCCCUCAAGUCCGCCAUCCAGGACUUCUUCGGCAAGCAGCUCUCAUUCACCCUCAACGCCGACGAGGCCAUCGCCCGUGGUUCCGCCUUUGCCUGCGCCAUUCUCUCCCCCGUUUUCCGUGUCCGCGACUUCUCCAUCCACGAUAUCUGCAACUACCCCAUCGAAUUCACCUGGGAGAAGAGCGCCGAGAUCCCCGACGAGGACACCUCGCUCACCGUUUUCAACCGCGGCAACGUCAUGCCCUCAACCAAGAUCCUUACUUUCUACAGAAAGCAGGCCUUCGACCUUGAGGCCAAGUACGCUAAGCCCGAGACUCUCCCCGGCAAGAUGAACCCCUGGAUCGGCAGAUUCAGCGUCAAGGGUGUCAAGGCCGACGAGAAGGAUGACUUUAUGAUCUGCAAGCUCAAGGCUAGAUUGAACCUGAACGGCAUCCUGAACGUCGAGUCUGGAUACUACGUCGAGGAUAUGGAGGUUGAGGAGCCCAUCGAGGGCGAAGAUGUGAGUUUUGAACAACAAGAGCCUUCGCAAUCCGAACUCGAUCACGAGAGAGAAAGCAAGCGACCCAAGAUUACGGCCAGUGCUGACAUAGAAACACAGGCCAUGGACACUGACAAGGAGCCCAAGACCCGCAAGGUCAAGAAGCAGGUCAAGAAGGGUGACCUUCCCCUGUCCUCUGGCACCGCCUCUCUCGACGUGCAAGCCAUUGCCAACCUUUCCGAGAAGGAGCACUCCAUGAUCAUGGAGGACAAGCUUGUCGCCGACACCGAGGACAAGAAGAACGAGCUUGAGGCUUACAUCUACGAAAUGCGCGCAAAGAUUGACGAGGAGUACGCCGACUUCUCAAGCGAGGAGGAGAAGACCAAGCUCAAGGAGAAGCUCGAGACCAGCGAGGACUGGCUCUACGACGAGGGCGAGGACGCCACCAAGGCCGUCUACCAAUCCAAGAUCGACGAGAUCCGCGCCAUCGGCGGCCCCAUCGCCCAACGCUACCUCGACAAGUUCGAAGAGGAGCGCCAAGCCGCCCUCAAGGCCCAAGAAGAAGCCGCCGAGAAGAAGCGCGCCGAGCAAGAAGCCAUCAAGCAGGCCCAGCAAGAGCAGGCCGCCGCCGCCGCCGCAGCAGCCAAGAUGGCCGCUCAGCGUGAGGAGCAGGAGAAGAAGGACGCCGAGAUGCAAGAUGCAUAGAGUGCUGGUGUUGGACUAGCAAGCCGUUAACUCUCCGAGAAAAGAAGGGGAAGAAGACAUGACAAAAUCUUCCAUCAGAAACACAAACAC